UACUAUGCGGAGAUAAAGAAGAAUGAUAUAUACUGGAUUGCUUAUUGUCUUAAUCCGAGAAUUAAGGCUAAGUGGUUAAUUAAAAAUUACUCUAAUUACGAAGUAAUUCUUAAUCGUGUUAAGAGCUUCCUAAAGGAGGCCUAUUUAUCUGAAGAAGAACUACUAGUAAGAUCUCGUAAUCUAGUUUAG